AUGAAGCAAUUGAGGUACCUUAAUUUAUCCAACUCUUUUGGUUUUGCCACUUUUCCUUGUGAAUGGGGAAAUCUCACUCAGUUGCAAGUCCUCGAUCUCCACAGUGAUUAUCAAGGGGGUGAUGUUGAUGACAUUCAGUGGGUUUCCCAUCUACAAGCAUUAAAGUACCUUGACAUGAGUGGCCUGAAUUUUACUAAAUAUGGAGAUCCCAUGCUGGUGAUCAAUAUACUCCCAUCUUUAUCUCAUUUAAGCCUAUCUUAUUGCGGGCUUUAUGACUUUCACCUGCCUACUCAUCUUGAUCUUCAAUACCUCGAUCUUUCAGAGAAUUCUUUUAAAGGUCCCAUCUCAAGCACUAUAUUCCAAAACAUGACUUCUCUCGAGCACCUUGAUCUUUCAAGGUGUUUUUUCAAAGGUCCUAUCCCGAGCAUUCAAAAUUUGACUUCUCUUCGGCAUCUCGAUUUUUCAUACAAUCAUUUCAACUCUUCAGUACCAAGGUGGUUUGAUAACUUGAGAAGUCUUGUCAAUCUCAAUCUGGAAGACAAUCUUUUGCAAACCAUUGAAGGAGGUUUGUUCUCUUUCCUAAGGAGCAAACCAUUCCUCGAGUCACUAUCUUUGAAUGAUAACAAACUUUGUGAGGAGAUAUUUUCAGUCAAGGGAAGUUCUUCGGGGCUUAUCGGGAAAAACAUAGAGCGAUUGGAGAUAAGGAAUAAUUUUCUUCAGGAAGCUUUGCCAGAUUGGUUGGUGCACUUGAAAAACCUGAAAACACUUGACCUAUCGAUUAAUCAAUUACAUGGAACCAUCCCAUCAUCACAUAGUUGGUUAUGCUUGGAAAGACUAGAUCUUUCUUAUAAUGAAUUGACUGGGAAUAUUCCAGAGGCAUUCGGAAGAUUGUCAGUCUUAUCGUUUUUAGGUCUUAGUAACAAUCUUCUAAAUGGCACCAUUCCACACAGUCUUGGGCAACUUCAAGAUCUUUACCAUUUAGAUUUGUCAGCAAAUUCCUUGAGAGGAAUAGUUUCUGAAAUCCACUUCUCCAACCUCUCGAAGUUACGGUACUUAGAUAUUAGCAACAACAAUAUAGCUUUUGAGGUGAAUCCCGACUGGAUACCACCCUUCAAUCUAGAGUCCAUUCGGAUGAUGUCUUGCAAGUUUGGAAUGGAAUUUCCGCGAUGGAUAAGAUCGCAAGUCGAGGUUCUUCGACUGCGAGAAAACAUGUUUAAUGGUAGUAUUCCUUCACAGCUAUGCUCACUCUCCGCACUACGAAUAUUGGACCUAGCAGUGAAUAAAUUGACAGGAAAGAUUCCAAGUUGUCUUGGCUAUAUGGAAAAUUGGAAUCGUGAGAAUGUGGAGCAGGUCAUGAAGGGGAUAGACCUUGACUACACAACACUUGAUCUACAGCUUAUGCAAUGCCCUGGUCCAGAGGCCCCCAGAGUGUCAAGAGAAGAUACUGAUGAAGAAGGUAAGCUUGAAAGGGUGAUGUUCUACAUAGUCAUAAUGCUUGGGUUUGUGAUUGGGUUUUGGGGAGUCAUUGGAGUUUUGGUGUACAAGAAGAAUUGGAGGCGUGUCUACUUCAACUACAUGGAUCGUAAAACAGACAUGGUCUACGUGAUUGUUGUAGUGAAGGCUGCCGAGUUGAGGAGGAGAUUGAGAAGAGCAUAA